CGGCAAGGGGUGGAGGAAGAAAAGAAGCGGAGGGAGGAGUUGCGGUCGCCACCGCUGUUACUGCCAUAGCCACCGCAGCUGCUGUGACUUCUCCCAGUGUGUGAGAUUGAAGUCCGUGCUCUUGGAUUUAUUGCUGACACGGUCUGCGUAGCUCCGGAGAUUUGACCAUAGAACAGAAAAACCAGGCACAUCUUCUAAGAUGUUACUGGUUAAAUGAAAAAAGCAUAUAGAAUUCAAAACUGAAAAUAUGGAAUGUAAAGAAGAAGUAAAAAUGAAUCCAAGUAUGCAUAUGAAUUCUGCCAUCAUCUCUGUUGAAGGGAUGACAUGCAGCUCCUGUGUUUGGACCAUUGAGCAACAAAUUGGAAAAAUGAAUGGUGUACAUCACAUUAAAGUUUCGCUGGAAGAAAAAAAUGCAACUGUUGUUUAUAAUCCUAAACUGCAGACUCCAAAGACCCUACAAGACGCUAUUAAUGACAUGGGAUUUGAUGCCACUCUCCACAAUCCUAACCCUCUCCCUGUUUUAACUGACAGUGUGUUUCUGAGUGUUAGUUCUUCAUUUGCUCCUCCAUGGGACCAUAUCCAAAGCACAUUGCUCAAGACCAAGGGUGUGACAGACAUUAAAAUUUCCCCUCAGCAAAGAACUGCUGUGGUGACAAUAAUCCCUUCUAUAGUGAAUGCCAAUCAGAUAAUAGAACUGGUUCCGGGUGUUAGUUUAGAUACUGGAACUCUGGAGAAAAAGUCAGGAACUUGUGAAGAUUACAGUAUGGCACAAGGAGGUGAAAUCAUGCUGAAAAUGAAGGUGGAAGGGAUGACCUGCCACUCAUGCACUAGCACCAUUGAAGGAAAAAUUGGAAAACUGCAAGGUGUUCAGCGAAUUAAAGUCUCCCUGGAAAACCAAGAAGCUACUGUUGUUUAUCAACCUCAUCUAAUCACAGUAGAGGAAAUAAAAAAACAGAUUGAAGCUGUGGGCUUUUCCGUAUUCAUCAAAAAGCAGCCCAAGUACCUUACACUGGGAGCUAUUGAUAUAGAACGUCUAAAGAACACACCCGUCAGAUCCUCAGAAGGAUCAGAGCAAAGGAGUCCAUCAUAUACCAAUGAUUCAACAGCCACUUUUAUCAUAAAUGGCAUGCAUUGUAAAUCAUGUGUGUCAAAUAUUGAAAGUGCUUUAUCUACACUCCAAUAUGUAAGCAGCAUAGCAAUUUCUUUAGAGAAUAGGUCUGCCAAUGUAAAAUACAAUGCAAGCUUAGUCACUCCAGAAACCCUGAGAAAGACAAUAGAGGCAAUAUCACCAGGGCAAUACAGUGUUAGUAUUACAAGCGAUGCUGAGAGUACUCCAAGCUCUCCUUCCAGCUCAUAUCAUCAGAAAAUUCCUUUGAACAUAGUUAGCCAGCCUCUGACUCAAGAAACUGUGAUAAACAUUGGUGGCAUGACUUGUAAUUCUUGUGUACAGUCUAUUGAGGGUGUCAUAUCAAAAAAGGCAGGUGUGAAAUCCAUACAAGUCUCCCUUGUAAAUAGCAGUGGAAUUAUUGAGUAUGAUCCUCUACUAAACUCUCCAGAAACCUUGAGAGAAGCAAUAGAAAACAUGGGAUUUGAUGCUGCCUUGUCAGACGUGAAUGAGCCAUCGGUAUUAAUAACUCAGCCCUCAUCGGAAAUGCCACUUUUGGCUUCAGCCAAUGAAUUUUAUGCUAAAAUUAUGACACCAGUUCAUGACAAAGAGGAGACAAGGACUUCUUCUAAGUGUUAUAUACAGGUCACUGGCAUGACUUGUGCUUCCUGCGUAGCAAACAUUGAACGAAAUUUAAGACGAGAGGAAGGAAUAUAUUCUGUACUCGUAGCCCUGAUGGCUGGCAAGGCAGAAGUAAGAUAUAAUCCUGCUGUUAUACAACCUCCGAUGAUAGCAGAGUUCAUCCGAGAGCUUGGAUUUGGAGCCACUGUGAUAGAAAAUGCUGAUGAAGGGGAUGGUAUUUUGGAACUUGUUGUAAGAGGAAUGACUUGUGCUUCCUGUGUUCAUAAAAUAGAGUCUACCCUCACAAAACACAGAGGGAUUUUCUAUUGCUCUGUGGCCCUGGCAACCAAUAAAGCACAUAUUAAAUAUGAUCCAGAAAUUAUUGGUCCCAGAGAUAUUAUCCAUACAAUUGAAAGCUUAGGUUUUGAAGCUUCUUUGGUCAAGAAGGAUCGGUCAGCAAGUCACCUAGACCAUAAACGAGAAAUAAGACAAUGGAGACGAUCCUUUCUAGUGAGCCUGUUUUUUUGUAUUCCUGUAAUGGGGCUGAUGAUAUAUAUGAUGGUUAUGGACCACCACCUUGCAGCUCUUCACCAUAAUCAGAACAUGAGUCAGGAAGAAAUGAUCAACAUUCAUUCUUCUAUGUUCUUGGAACACCAGAUCCUGCCAGGAUUGUCCAUUAUGAAUUUACUAUCCUUUUUAUUGUGUGUACCUGUACAGUUUUUCGGAGGCUGGUAUUUCUACAUUCAGGCUUACAAAGCACUGAAGCAUAAGACUGCGAAUAUGGAUGUACUGAUUGUGCUGGCAACCACCAUUGCAUUUGCCUACUCUUUGGUUAUUCUUCUGGUUGCAGUGUAUGAAAGAGCCAAAGUGAACCCUAUUACAUUCUUUGACACACCUCCUAUGCUAUUUGUGUUUAUUGCACUAGGUCGGUGGCUGGAACAUAUAGCAAAGGGCAAAACAUCAGAGGCUCUUGCAAAGCUAAUUUCGCUGCAAGCUACGGAAGCAACUGUUGUAACCCUUGACUCUGAUAAUAUCCUUCUGAGUGAAGAACAAGUGGAUGUGGAACUUGUACAACGUGGAGACAUCAUCAAAGUGGUUCCAGGAGGCAAAUUUCCAGUGGAUGGUUGUGUUAUUGAAGGACAUUCUAUGGUAGAUGAGUCCCUUAUCACAGGGGAGGCAAUGCCUGUAGCUAAGAAAUCUGGCAGUACAGUAAUCACUGGUUCCAUUAACCAGAAUGGGUCACUACUUAUCCGAGCAACUCAUGUUGGAGCAGAUACAACUCUUUCUCAAAUUGUCAAACUUGUGGAGGAGGCACAAACAUCAAAGGCUCCUAUCCAGCAGUUUGCAGACAAACUCAGUGGCUACUUUGUUCCUUUUAUUGUUAUUGUUUCUAUUGCUACCCUCUUGGUUUGGAUUAUAAUUGGAUUUCUUAAUUUUGAAGUUGUGGACACCUACUUUCCUGGCUACAAUAGAAGUAUCUCCCAAACAGAAACGAUAAUACGCUUUGCUUUUCAAGCCUCUAUCACAGUUCUGUGCAUUGCAUGCCCCUGUUCACUGGGUCUGGCCACUCCAACUGCUGUGAUGGUGGGUACAGGAGUAGGUGCUCAAAAUGGCAUACUAAUCAAAGGUGGCGAACCAUUGGAGAUGGCUCAUAAGGUAAAAGUGGUAGUAUUUGAUAAGACUGGAACCAUUACCCAUGGAACCCCAGUAGUGAAUCAAGUAAAGGUGCUAGUGGAAAGUAACAGAAUAUCACGCAGUAAGAUCUUGGCCAUUGUGGGAACUGCUGAAAGUAAUAGUGAACACCCUCUAGGAGCAGCAGUAACCAAAUACUGCAAGCAGGAGCUGGACACCGAAACCUUGGGUACCUGCAUAGAUUUCCAGGUUGUGCCAGGCUGUGGUAUUAGCUGUAAAGUCACCAAUAUUGAAGGCUUUCUACAUAAGAAUAACUGGAAAAUAGAAGAAAAUAAUAUUAAAAAUGCAGCCCUGUUUCAAACUGAUGGAAGUAAUGAACCGUCAUCAACUUCAUCUUCCAAGAUUAUUGAUGUCCAACUCUCAAAUGCUCUUAAUGCUCAGCAGUACAAAGUCCUCAUUGGUAACCGGGAAUGGAUGAUUAGAAAUGGUCUCAUCAUUAAUAAUGAUGUAGAUGAUUGCAUGACUGAACAUGAGAGAAAAGGUCGGACUGCUGUAUUGGUGGCAGUUGAUGAUGAGCUGUGUGGGUUGAUAGCCAUUGCUGAUACAGUGAAGCCUGAAGCAGAAUUGGCUGUCCAUAUUCUGAAAUCUAUGGGCUUAGAAGUAGUUCUUAUGACUGGAGACAACAGUAAAACAGCUAGAUGUAUUGCUUCUCAGGUUGGCAUUACCAAGGUGUUUGCUGAAGUUCUACCUUCCCACAAGGUUGCUAAGGUGAAACAACUUCAAGAGGAGGGGAAACGGGUAGCAAUGGUAGGAGAUGGAAUAAAUGACUCCCCAGCUUUGGCAAUGGCCAAUGUUGGAAUUGCCAUUGGCACAGGCACAGAUGUAGCCAUUGAAGCAGCUGACGUGGUUUUGAUAAGGAAUGAUCUUCUGGAUGUAGUGGCAAGUUUCGACUUAUCAAGAAAGACAGUCAAGAGGAUUCGGAUAAAUUUUGUCUUUGCUCUAAUUUAUAAUCUGGUUGGAAUUCCCAUAGCUGCUGGAGUUUUUAUGCCCAUUGGUUUGGUUUUGCAGCCCUGGAUGGGAUCCGCUGCAAUGGCUGCUUCAUCUGUUUCAGUAGUACUUUCUUCUCUCUUCCUUAAACUGUAUAGGAAACCAGCUUAUGAGAAUUAUGAACUGCAUACCCGGAGCCAGAUAGGACAGAAGAGUCCUUCAGAAAUCAGUGUUCAUGUUGGAAUAGAUGACAACUCAAGAAUUUCUCCUCAACUGAGUUUGCUGGACCGGAUUGUUAAUUACAGUAGAGCCUCCAUAAACUCACUACUGUCUGAUAAACGUUCCCUAAACAGCGUUGUUACCAAUGAACCUGACAAGCACUCACUCCUGGUGGGAGACUUCAGGGAAGAUGACACUGCAUUGUAAAAGGGCAGAGAGAGUACUACUAGCUUAACUUGUUAUGCACUGACGGAGCAUUCAUGAAGUCAUCUUAGCUUUUCAAAAUAUUGUGGAGGGAUUUUAUGUUGUUCUCAUGCUCUUGUAUUAGGAGUUCUAUUUGAGUUACAUUUAUUUGUCUAAUGAUAAAAAUAUCUUUUUCAGGACAUCAGCUCUGAACCUAGCUUUAUUUGAAGUGAAUUUCCAGAAUUUUUUGUUUCACUAGCAACAGAUAAGGUAGAGCCAUGAGGUUUGCAAUAGAUACCAAAUUAAAGACUGCUGAAUUGCUACUAAAGUGAUAGAUUUUUUUUAAUUUGACAAAAAAAAAGAGAAAAAUCCAAAGAGGAUAAUUAAAAUUUUGAAUAUUUGAGAAAAUGACCUUGAGAUUCUUGAGCCCUAUCCCUGCCAGACUGGGGAGCGAUGACUUUGAAAGCACUGUUUAAAGCAUCUAGUUUUAGAAGGGAAAUAGUAAAAACUGUUUGAAAAUAAACGUGCCUUACUUAUUCCAGGCUUUCUUUCUCCCUCAUUCCCCCUACAACUUUGUCCUUGCAGUUGCUUUCUUAGAUGCUGCAGUAUGUUUUCUUUGACUUUCUUCUUCCAAGUGAGACAGGUUUGGGUGAUUCUUCAUAUUUAAAAUUAACUGACAACUUUUUCAAUAGUUUGUUCCCUUUUUUUUAUCUUGUAGCUCAAAGGUCUUUAAGGGUCUGUAGGGUUUCCUGCCUCCCAUCUUUCCCUUGUAAAAAGAUAUUGUAAAAUUCUUCCUUCAACCUUUCUAGUUCUCUGCAAACUUUCAAUUCACUCCUGCUGAGUUCAGCUAUAAGAAGUUGUUUUUAGUGUAGCCUCUUUACCAGCCUCAGUCCAGAAACUUAAAAAAAAUUUGAGCCUCUUCUGCAAUUGGUAUUUUCAAAGAUUAACACUACCAUCUUUAACAUAUACAGGUCAUAUAACAUUACUAGCGCAGUGGCUAAGAGCUCGGCUGCUAACCAAAAUGUUGACAGUUUGAAUCUACCAGCUGCUCCUUGGAAACCCUAUGGGGCAGUUCUAUUCUAUCCUAUAGGGUUACUGUGAGUUGGAAUUGAGGCAAUGGGUUUUUUGGAUUCACUAGCUUUGACUUUUUUUGGACAGAAUACAAGCCCUUACUGAGUAUAUGUAAUUUAAUAGAUUUUAAUUAUCUUUUAAUGUUUCAGGUAACCUCUGAAAGUUACUUUAAAAUAAUGCAAUUGCACAAAGCUGCUUUUACCAAAAAGAUACAAUAAAUUGUAAUACAGAAAUUAGACUUCCUCUAAAUGUGACACCUUUUAGCUAAAUUUAUACUUUUCCCUGGUUUAAAGCAUUUGCACUUGCUAGUUAGUAUGAUUGGCAAAUUUAGGAGCUUGUUCCCUCUGCCAUGUGAAUUUAGAAAUUCCCCCUGGGAAUUAAUACACUGGUUAAAGGUCUGAUACUUGUAUCACUAUUUAAAUUUCCUUGUUAAUUGCAGGGUGGAAUUACAUAUGCAGAAAAUGUAAGUGAAGAGAACUCAUAAGGAAAUUCCUAACAUUUUGUUCCUAUUGCCAUAUGGCAUCUUUGUACUCAGUACAUGUUUUCUCCCUUUGAGGUCAGUAAUAAAUGUAAAACAUCAUUUUUAUAGAGCAGGGUCUAAAAUCAAGUGGGGGUUGAGGAAUAGGGUUCUUCCUCUCCUACCGUCUUUGUCUCUUACACACACAAAAAGUUUACAACAUUAUACCAUGCUGCCUUUUCAUAUUUGAAAAAGUUCUAAUUUUUUCCCACCUAUCUUAAAGAGUGAACUGAAACUUUUGAUGAAGGUGCUAUUAGUCUAGAAAGACAAACCCAUUUCAAUGAAAUAUGAAUGAAUUUGUAUGUCUAGGCUCUUUUUUAGACCAAUACCUUUGCCAUCUUCUCUGCUUCCAGUUUGAGUUUUAAUAUUUGUUUCUUAUUUUAAUUCCAGCGACCCAUCAUACCAGAAUUUGUUUCUUCUAGAAGAAACAGCUGAUAUGACAAAUGUAUAAUACUUUUCUCACUCGAGCCGAAUUGACUCAAGCCAAAUUGAAAAAAAGAAGCACCUCUUUUUGUUUUAAGCAGUUGAACAUAUCCAGCUUUUAUUUUUAUUAUCAUUAUUAUUGUGUGUGUUUGAGUCUUCCUUUAGGCCCCACGUGCAUGUUGUAGGACUGGGAGUAACAGUCUAUAGUCUGGGAAUAAUCUAGGAUUUAAAUUUCAGUCCUUACUACAAGAACAGGAAACUUGCUGUUUAGAAAGAGUCAUUUUUAAAGCAUCUGUAGCCACAUUUCAAUUCUCUGCAAGUCUCUUUUGCAAUCGUAAACCCCCAUUAGCUUCAGAGAGAAGCUGUAUUCACUGGACAGAGAGGUAUAUAUGUAGGGAAUCAAAAACAUUGCGUUCAGUUAGUGACUAGCUUACUAGUAACUAGUUACUAGUGAGAACACAUUUUAUAAGUGUGUGUGUUUAUUCACAUGCACACACAUAUAUAUAUAUAUAUAUAUAUAAAACCAUACAGAAGGCAAAUGGAUUUAUAUUUGAAUUUGAUAUUUGAAUAUUUGAAGUUCUUUAUUUUACUCUUCUGUGUUCACUCAGCAGCUAUGCCCUCAGUGUGAAGAUAACAACGACACUUUGAUAUCCAGUGCUGGUUCAAACACAACUAUGGGGCACCUUUUAUCUUAGAUAUCCAAAGAUGCCUUUUGAAUUUCAAAGAUUAAAACACAACUAUUUAGUGUUAUAGAAUAGUGACAAAACAUAAAUAUUGUUGUCAGUUGUGAAAACAGAAAUAUUAAUUUUCCUAGCUUAAUGUCAACAUUUUGAAAUGUUAACUUUGCUGCCUUGUGAACAUUUUAUACUGUGCAUUGGCUUUUUAAAAAUUAUUCUUUGUUCAGAUGUAAAGGAUUGUUAAAAUAGCACUGUAGACAACAUGUUCCCCAAAAUUUAAGUGUGCAUAUCUUUUCUGUACACAGUUUAAAAUCAAGAGUGUAUGUUAGAGAAAAAUUUUCUGUUACUUGUGGAUCUUGCUUUACAUUGAUUUUUCUUAAUAUUUAUUUUACUCUAUUUUGUUAUUUUCUUUGGAUGAGGCAUCUGGUUACUGGUUAUUUUAAUAAGAAUGAAAACAUUCCUG